AUGCGCCUAACACUUACAUUACUUCUCACCGUCGUUACUUUCAGUGUACACUUCCUUCACACAUUUGGCUGGCGAUUCGAUGAAGGGUUGGAUGAGCCGAUAACCGUGUCACGUGAUGUACGAGCCAAAGAAAUAUCACUACCCAGUUAUAUGAAACGUUUCGAGCAUGAACCAAACGAACAAUUGCUGCGACAAAUUUGGUUAAAUACUUUACAUCCGAAAAUUCUGCGACGUCAUGAUCUGCCGCAAUCACUAUUUUAUUUUCCUCUAUGGAAAGAGCGUUAA